ACCCUGAGUGAAGUGACCUUGCACCUUCCUUCCUUGUACUUCCACCUUAAUAGGCCAUCCGGCCCUAUUCUCAUUCUUUUCCUUCCUCAACGUCGACGAUGACCUCCCAUUCACACUCGUCCUCUACCGCCAACGUCGUCGGCGUCCAUUAUCGUGUCGGGAAGAAAAUCGGAGAAGGUUCCUUUGGUGUCAUCUUCGAGGGGACCAACUUGCUCAAUUCCCAGACCGUCGCUAUCAAAUUCGAACCCCGGAAAGCUGAAGCGCCUCAGCUCCGUGACGAGUGUCGGUCGUAUCGUAUACUGUCGGGAUGCACCGGAAUACCUCAAAUAUAUCACUUUGGCCAGGAAGGUCUCCAUAAUAUCCUGGUGAUAGACCUUCUCGGUCCAAGUCUAGAGGAUCUCUUUGAUAUGUGCGGUCGCAAAUUCUCAAUCAAGACAGUAUGUAUGGCUGCCCGGCAAAUGCUUACAAGAGUGCAAACGAUCCAUGAAAAGAAUCUCAUAUAUCGCGAUAUCAAGCCAGAUAAUUUUUUGAUUGGACGGCCUGGCACCAAAGGAGCAAACUGCACAUACCAGUAUCGGGAACGGAAGAGUUUGAGUGGUACUGCGCGAUACAUGAGCAUCAACACUCAUCUGGGUAGAGAACAAUCACGACGAGACGAUCUAGAAGCUUUGGGUCAUGUCUUCAUGUACUUCUUAAGAGGAAGCUUACCAUGGCAAGGGCUUAAGGCCGCGACGAAUAAGCAAAAAUACGAGAAGAUUGGAGAGAAGAAGCAGACGACACCCAUCAAAGAGUUAUGCGAAGGCUUCCCUGAGGAGUUUGGAAUAUAUCUGAACUACGUUCGCAAGCUUGGGUUCGAGGAAACGCCUGAUUAUGAGUUCCUUCGCGAACUUUUCUCUAAAGUUAUCAAGACCAAUAAUGACAUUGACGAUGGAGUCUUUGAUUGGAACUUACUCAAUGGUGGAAAGGGCUGGGAAGCAUCACUGGCAAGUGCCUUCAUUAAUCUCGGAUGGCCCAGCACUCAUCCGCUGUAUUUUCAACAGGGUCAGCAAACUCAAAUACUGAAUCAAAUGCAAAGCGCGGGCCUCAGUCCUGACCGUCGACGCGAGCACCGCGACUCCGACCGACGGAGAGUUUCUCAGGGUGGGAACAACAUCGCACCUCCCUCACCAGCCCUUGUCAGACACGGUUCGAAGCAGCGCAAAAUACCCACCGCCCUUACACCCGGCGGGAAUAACACGGGUCAGAUCACACCCCACUCUGCAGCCGCCCAGGUGAACAUACCUGUUGGCUCAGGCCGAGGCGCACAACAUCCCUACGCCAAUGUCUCGGGUGGUGGCUAUGAUUAUGGGCGGGAGGCGGAUGAGGGUUAUUUGGGGCAGUAUGGACGGGCAUCGCCGAUGCUAUCAAGCGUGGGUGCUGCUCCGCCGGUGGUGAGUAAUGCACGGGCGAGAGGCGGUGACGUUGGCGUUUCGGGAGAGUAUGGCCAGGAAGCGGACGAACCACCACACAAAAUGAGUCUAUUUAGGAUUCUAACGUGUCGGUGUGGUUAA